GCACUAUUCUGCACAAAUAAUAUUAUAUUUGAAUAAAGUAUUGAUUAAAAUCAAAGUUUAUUUGUCAGGAGCACAGGUAAAUAGUACAAUGUGUAAAUAGUACAAUGAAAGUAUUACUUGCAGCUCUUCCUCAACUGCAGAAUGGAUGUAAAGUAGCAGAGUCAAUCAAUAGACAAUAAGACAAUACAAAUAAAAUUAUCACAACAGUUGGUAAAAAAAGACAAGGUAAUAAAACCUAUAAUAAAAAAACACAAUCAUUUAAAGAUGUGCAGAAAUCGCUCCACCACUUUCUGGUUGCAAAAAUUAUGUUUAUGUCACAAAACAAGCAAGUAUAUUGUAGAGAGUAAUUGUACCGUAUAAACAACUGUGAAUAUAUAUUUUCCAUAACCAUAAAUAUUGUGUUUUCAGCUGUUUGAAGCUGGUGUACAAAACCCAAAGUAAAAAAAGCUAAACCGAAACUUAAGAGGAAACAUAGAAAUAGAACACAUAAAACAUAUCUACUGUUUCUUAAACUUGCAUUCGAUGAGAAUGACAGAUCUGUAACACACAUUUCUAUGUAAAUUUGGUUGGGUCGCUACAUUUUGCAGCUUUAAUGUAAAAAUUGAUAAAGGAGAGCAAAUGUCCACAAUUGAUUAGGAUUUCAUGCCAUGGGGUUGCUAUCAAAUAUAACGUGAAUAAUGCAUAUGAACCUGGGUGGGAACGGACAAAUCACAGCUCAUGAGGCGUUUCUCUACCGACCAAUGCGCAGAAGAGAAGUGCAAUCGCUUUCUCAAACAAAGUGAACACUCGCAGUAAACUAACCCCUAUUGCCAUCUCAUCUGACAGAACGGUCUCUUUACGAAAUCAUCAUGCCAUUCAUUGAUUUGGAAAGUAACUUACCUGCUAGUAAGUUUUCUGAGGAUUUCUUGAAAAAGCUAGGGUCCAAAACAGCUGCUGUUCUAGGCAAACCCGAAGAGAGAAUGAUGUUGGUGGUGAAGCCUGGACUGCCAAUGCUCAUGGGUGGAACUUGCGCUCCGUGCGUCAUACUGUCCGUGUCCGCCAUCGGUGUCACUGACACUGCGGAGAAGAACAAGGAACACAGUGCCAAUAUCUUCCCUUUUCUUAUUGGAGAACUUGGUCUUACUGAAGACAGGAUCGUGAUCAGGUUCUAUGCACUGGAGCCUCAUCAGGUUGGAAAGAAAGGUACUGUUAUGAGUUACCUGUAGGAGGCACUGUGGACAACAGAUUGACUUCAAGCAUCCAUUCCACAACAGUUGCCAUUGGAGAGGACAAACCCUGUCAGUGUUUCCAACACUCAAUUGGACAUGAGUGCCACAUGUCGUCAAUAAGACUUGAUUUGCAUUUUAGGAUUAUGGAAUUUGUCCCCAUGAAACUAUGUCCUGGAACCAGGACUCAUUCAUUUAUAUUACUGUACAUGUCUGCCAUAGUAAACAGAACCACACAUUUGACAAGCUAGAUGAUAAAAUACCCUGAUUAGAGGAAAUGUAAGUCAAUUGACCUGUAUUCAAUGUUAUUACUAUGUCAUUUCAACUAUUCAUUUCAUAUCACAAGAACAUUGGAUAAUGUGGUUAUUUAUUUAUUUUUCUCUGCUGUUUUGGUGGUAAGAAUCAUAAUGACUAACAUACACUACUGUCACUUAGGGUGUCCUUGUUUUUGAAAGAAAAGCAUGUUUUUUUGUCCAUUUAAAAUAACAAGAAAUUGAGAGUU